CGCCGCACAGCGCAGAACUGCAGGCUCCCGGCCGGCUAAGCCUGCGCUGGGCGGCCUCGCUAGCUCUCAGCUCCGCAGGCGGCCGCCGGGUCUCGACCGCUGAGCCCACAGCUUGAGGCGGAGGCAGGCGCUGAUCCGAGGCCAGGCUGCCCAGGAGUCUCUCGGAACAUGGCAACCUGUAUGGGGCUUGCCCCCAAAGGAGAAGUCUUUAGCCCUUGUGAUGCCUGAGAACCAAGUGUGACGCUUCUCCUGGUGUUUCAUGGUGAUCCCCUCUGUCCUGUCUGCACCCUGCUCCACGUGGCUCCUGAACCAUGGGGGAGAAUGAGGACGAGAAGCAGAGCCAGGCCGGGCAGGUUUUUGAGAACUUUGUCCAGGCUUCCACAUGCAAAGGGACUCUGCAGGCCUUCAACAUCCUCACCCAACACUUGGACCUGGACCCUCUGGACCACAGAAACUUCUACUCCAAGCUCAAGUCCAAGGUGACCACCUGGAAGGCCAAAGCCCUGUGGUACAAAUUGGACAAGCGAGGCUCCCACAAAGAGUACAAGCGGGGGAAGUCGUGUAUGAACACCAAGUGUCUCAUCGUUGGGGGAGGACCAUGUGGCUUGCGCACUGCCAUCGAGCUUGCCUACCUGGGAGCCAAAGUGGUCGUGGUGGAGAAGAGGGACACCUUCUCCCGGAACAAUGUGCUGCACCUCUGGCCUUUCACCAUCCACGACCUAAGGGGCCUGGGAGCCAAGAAGUUCUACGGGAAGUUCUGCGCCGGCUCCAUCGACCACAUCAGUAUUCGUCAACUGCAGCUCAUCCUAUUCAAGGUGGCCCUGAUGCUGGGAGUUGAAAUCCAUGUGAACGUGGAGUUCGUGAAGGUUCUGGAGCCUCCUGAAGAUCAGGAAAAUCAAAAAAUUGGCUGGCGGGCAGAAUUCCUGCCUGCAGACCACGCCCUGUCGGAGUUCGAAUUUGACGUCAUCAUUGGUGCUGAUGGCCGUAGGAACACCCUGGAAGGGUUCAGGAGAAAGGAGUUCCGGGGGAAGCUGGCUAUUGCCAUCACUGCCAACUUCAUAAACAGAAACAGCACAGCGGAGGCCAAGGUGGAAGAGAUCAGCGGCGUGGCCUUCAUCUUCAACCAGAAAUUUUUUCAGGACCUGAAAGAAGAAACAGGGAUCGAUCUUGAGAACAUUGUUUACUACAAGGACAGCACCCACUAUUUUGUCAUGACUGCCAAGAAGCAGAGCCUGCUGGACAAAGGUGUCAUCAUUAAUGACUACAUCGACACAGAGAUGCUGCUGUGUGCUGAGAACGUGAACCAGGAAAACCUGCUCUCCUACGCCAGGGAAGCUGCAGACUUUGCCACCAACUACCAGCUGCCGUCCUUAGACUUUGCCAUGAACCACUAUGGGCAGCCCGAUGUGGCCAUGUUCGACUUCACCUCCAUGUACGCAUCCGAGAAUGCAGCCUUGGUGCGUGAACGUCAGUCGCACCAGCUGCUGGUGGCCCUCGUGGGUGACAGCUUGCUCGAGCCAUUUUGGCCCAUGGGCACAGGCUGCGCCCGUGGCUUCCUGGCAGCCUUUGACACAGCAUGGAUGGUGAAGAGCUGGGACCAGGGCACCCCUCCCCUGGAGCUGCUGGCAGAAAGAGAAAGUCUGUACCGGCUAUUACCUCAAACCACCCCAGAGAACAUCAACAAGAACUUUGAGCAGUACACAUUGGACCCAGGGACUCGGUACCCAAACCUCAACUCCCACUGUGUCAGGCCCCAUCAGGUGAAGCAUCUGUACAUCACCAAGGAGCUGGACAGCUACCCUCUCAAGAGAGCGGACUCAGUGAGGAGGUCCAUCAGCCUCUCCAGGCGGGAGUCAGACAUCCGGCCCAGCAAGCUCUUAACCUGGUGCCAGCAGCAAACCGAGGGUUACCGGCACGUCAAUGUCACCAACCUGACCACAUCCUGGCGCAGUGGCCUGGCCCUGUGUGCCAUCAUCCACCGAUUCCGGCCAGAUCUGAUCAAUUUUGACUCUCUGAAUGAAGAUGACGCUGUAGACAACAACCAGCUGGCAUUUGACGUGGCCGAACGUGAAUUUGGGAUCCCUCCAGUGACCACCGGAAAAGAGAUGGCAUCAGCCCAGGAGCCAGACAAGCUGAGCAUGGUCAUGUACCUUUCCAAGUUCUAUGAGCUCUUCCAGGGCUCCCCGCUGAGGCCCAUGGAAUCUUGGCGCAAAAACUAUGGAGAAAAUACAGACCUCAGCUUGACCAAAUGCUCCAUUUCGAAUAACUAUCUCAACCUCACAUUUCCAAGGAAGAGGACUCCACGGGUAGAUGGCCAAACCGAAGAGAAUGACAUGAACAAGCGGAGGCGGAGAGGCUUCAAUAACCUGGAAGAGCCAUCAACCUUCUCCAGCCGUAGAUUGGGCUCCAAUCAAGAGUGCAGCAGCACUAAGGAAGGUGGAAAUCAGAACAAAGUCAAGUCCAUGGCAAAUCAGCUGCUGGCCAAGUUUGAGGAGAGCACUCGGAACCCCUCGGUCCUCAAGCAGGAACGCCGUGUUUCAGGGAUAGGUAAGCCUGUCCCAUGCUCUUCCUCCGACCCUCCUGUUAACUCCCGCUGCCCCAAGCCAGAGGAGCCCCCUCACAGCCCAUCACCUCCGAUGAAAAGGCAGUUCUUCUCUGUACUUUCGACGGGGCAGGUGCUCAGAGAGCUUAAGCAAGUGCCUGCUGGUGGGGAGUAUCCUAGCAGGCCAUGGAGGGCCAGGGCCAAGUCUGACCUGGAGCUGGGCGGGCCAGAAAAUCUCGGCACCCUGCCUCCUACCUGCCAGGGAGCGCUGGCCCUUUCCGGGGUGCUGCGGCGGCUACAACAAGUGGAAGAAAAGAUUCUUCAGAAGAGGGCUCAGAACUUGGCCAACAGAGAGUUUCACAAAAAGAACAUUAAGGAGAAGGCCGCUCACCUCGCCUCCAUGUUUGGACACGAGGAGGAUUCCUCACAGAACAAACUGCUCUCUAAAGGCCUGUCUCAUACUCAUCCUCCGUCUUCUCCCUCUUGCCUUCCGUCUCCUGAUCCAACUGCUACUUCCUCUCCACCGACUGUUGACUCUGCUUCUCCUGCCAGAAAGCUGACGGUAGGGAAAGUGUCCAGCGGAAUAGGGGCUGCAGCUGAAGUCCUGGUCAAUCUGUACUUGAAUGAUCACAGACGUAAGGCCCAGGCCACCUCUCCAGACCUGGAGUCCGUACGGAAGGUGUUCCCACUGAACCUGGGUGGCAGCGACACCUGCUAUUUCUGUAAGAAGCGAGUGUACGUGAUGGAGCGGCUGAGCGCCGAGGGCCACUUCUUCCAUCGCGAGUGCUUCCGCUGCAGCGUCUGUGCCACCACCCUGCACCUGGCCGCCUACACCUUCGACUGUGAUGAAGGAAAAUUUUACUGCAAGCCUCAUUUCAGUCACUAUAAAACCAAUAGCAAACAACGGAAGAGGCGGGCAGAGCUGAAGCAGCAAAGAGAGAAGGAGGGGACGUGGCAGGAGCAAGAAGUCCCUCAGCGAGACACUCCCACGGAAAGUUCUUGUGCAGUGGCUGCCAUUGGCACACCAGAAGGUAGCCCCCCAGGUAUCUCCACCUCCUUCUUUAGGAGAUCCCUGAGCUGGCCUCUCAGGCUUCAGAGGGACCUGCUCUGCCUCCCCUGGGGCCUGCUUAACUGGAUGCAGGGACUCCUGCAAGCUGCCGGCCUCCAUUUCAGGGACAAUGCUUACAACUACUGCUACAUGUACGAGCUUCUGAGCCUUGGGCUGCCACUUCUCUGGGCCUUCGCUGAGGUCCUGGCAACCAUGUACCGGGAGUCUGAGGACUCCCUGGAGAGCAUUCGAAGCUGGGUGCUCAGGUGCAUCCCCAUCAAGCUCCAGUGAAGCCCCUGGCUGUCCCAGAGUGCCUUAACAUUUCCCUAGUUUAGAUGGCGGUGUGUUCGUAGUUUGCAAAGGCUCUGGCCAGGAAGUCUAGUGUCUGUAACCAAUUAGCUCCAAGCCAAAGAGUUUCACAUUGGCCACCUAUGACUGGCCUUGACAGGAUGAACAUCUAGCCAUGGUGCUAGGGCCAGGGAUGACAUGAAGGAUGUGUUUUAUAACUGUGUACUGUUUUUUAUACCAAAGCGAGCCAUAUUUCUGGGUUUACAUUUCAAUUUUUUAACUUUUACUAAGCCAAGAAAAAACAUUUUUUUUUCUAAAGUGUCAGUUUUUCUAAACAUGGGUUUGAAGUUUAUCAUCGGUUGUCCAAGCCCCUUCCACAUUCUAGUGAGUUGUAAUCAUCGCUACCUGCAAAGUUAACAGUCUGGGAUUUAUAUACACAAAAGUGAAUGUGCAAUCUCCUGACAAGUGCCUUUCAACUUUUGUAACUGGAUGCCCCUUGUCAACAGUGGGCAUGUUUUUUUGGUAUGGGUUUUUUUUUUUUCAAUAUGAAAGCAUAAUGAUUUUGGAAGAAAAGAAUAAUAGAAUGAAUGUGUUUCUACAGAAGUACAUAGCAAUGUGUAGUUGACUCUGUCCUCCAGAGGGAGAACCAUUUUUCUCUUUUGUUUUGAUCUAAAAGAAACUCAAGGGCUUUUUACCCACACCAAAUCAUAAGCCAGUGUUGCAGAACCACAGGGUUUCAGAGUGUUGCAAACCUACAUUUUUCCUUCCCACUAAUGGGCACUGCAGGGAAAGCCCAAUGGCACUUGACCCCGGAGAUCCAUCAAGCUGAUGCCAUGCUGAGGACAAGCUAUUUCAGCUGGUGGCAUCUGGGCCUCUAAAAGAUAAGGCCGUUCAGGGAGAGGAAGAAGUCACCCCCUCCCUUGGUGUUAGCUGAGCCUGAGGGUGCUUGUGAGCGUGGCCUUGGGAAGCAUGGCCUGCCUAGUGGUCCUUGUCUAUAGGUGCCCAGCCACAUGGUCCUAACGUUUAGGGUCUAGGUUCAUGUGACCCUAGCAAAAAGGCUGUUUGCACUCCAGGGGGAUCUCUGCAGCAUCUUGACCGGCAGAGAGGGCUAGGAAUGGACCAGUUCAAUGAAAUGGGUCCUUUAGAGCAAAAAAAAAUGAGUAAGAGGCCCACCUGCAUGUUUUACUCAGGGUGUCUGGCAGAGCCCCCAGCUGUCCCCACCCCGACUCUGCCUGGACAUGCACAGCUGCAGGAUCUGGUUGAGCCACUGAGGAGCUGAUAGAGAAAGGCCCUCUAAGGGGUUCAGUGUCCCCACAGUCUCUAGGCUCAAGAGGCCUCUGAGUAAAUACUACCUCUAGAGAUUCCUCUAGAUCCAGGGCUGGAACCUGGUGCAUGUGAGGAGCCAGAGUUCUCGAGAGCAUGAGAUGACAAGUUUCUAUGGGGGGCGGGGGAGGAAAGAGGGGUUGCAUUUUUUGACAAUCACUUCCCCGAAAUCCUUGGGGGACAACAGCAACACGACUGUGGCCAAGUCUGUGGGAACCGGCUCCUGUGACUCGCAUUGUAUUUUUCUCAUGUGUUGCUGGGGUUUCAAUGUUCUGCACGAUGGAGGAGCCCUUGGUUCCUUUGAUGUUUGAUUUAAAUUCUUGAGGUCAUGAUGUGGACAGCCGUGUUACUGGGAUCGCCACCAGCUCAGGGUGGGCUGAUCCCCUUUGUGAAGCCGGGGUUUCUGGUCCUAAGGAGACUGGUUUGAAUUACUGUGGUAGAGGGGGUGUGCCUGUCACAAGCCUGAGAUAUUUGUAUGUUCUGAGACCGUGAACCUUCCUGGUGAGCAGCACCGAGACAUGGGUGGAUCCUGGGAUGGGGGCAGACACCUCGAGGCCUCUGCUACGUAUUCAAGGAUAAAUAUAAGGCACCAGAGUAGAAGGGGGACAAAGAGAAUAUGGAGGUGGGAGGUCUCUCGGUCGGGUAGAGCAGAGCAUGGACAAUAUGCAGACCACAUGUGUCCACUCCUGUCAAUCAGCAGCUGGUCACCACCAGAAAGGUUCAUCUCUCCUAAUUGAGAUGACUUGUUGGGAGAAGUUUUCCUUUUUUUCUUUAACGGUUUCCUUCGGUGCCUUUUCCUGUUGUCAUCCAUUUCUUCUUUGCCCGCCCGCUAAGAUCUCUUUUCUGUUUUUCUCUUUCCAACCUUACACUGUGGCCGUCAGUUCAUUUCAGCCUUCCAGUGCUACACCCACUUCUUGGCUGACACACUUCUGCUCUAAGGUGACUGAUUUUCUUGGCAAUUUUCAGAGAGUGGUGCUAACCCCUAACCUGCUUUCCGUACCCCGUCCUCCUCCCCGCCCGCAGUACUGGUUGCGCUAACUGUGAGUGUCUUGCAUACUAACGGACUCAUUUGGUGGCAUGGACGGUUAUCGGCGUGGGGUGGUGUUCAGCUCAAAAGCCGUGUUCUAAUUUCACUUCCCCUGGAGCCAGCAGCCUGUUCCACACCAAGUGCAUGCCCCACCUCUCCUCCGUUCCCUGGGCCAGUUUGAGUGUAUGUUUUCCAUUGGUACCUGCAAAGCCACUUGCCUUCUUGGGAGGGUUAACCCUGAGACAGUACCAUAUAGGGAGGGCUCUGUCACCCUUGAAAAGAAUGCUUUUGUCUAACAACCUCUGAAAACUGUCCUGCACAGUAGCGUAUUUUUAUUUUGGUUCUAACAUAAUUACUAAAUGCCAUUGACCCAAAUUACAGGUGAUCCAUUUUGUAGGGAUUUUUAAAAAUAUUCGCUCUCAGGCUUCAUCACAAGUUUGACCCUUGCUCUGUAUGGUGAACAUGUCAUCACAACUAUUCUAGCAAAUCCUUCCUCUAGUGGCAUCCUGCACCAUAGAUUCAAGGGGUUGGCGGGGGCUCUUCUUAUCCCCCAUGGCUCUUAAAGCCCCAGUAAUUCAGGAGCUUUAAACAAGGUAGUCACUGUCACAGGAGAGAAAUGGCUUUGAGAAAUAACCGAGGUCAACCCUAAGCCUGGAGCACCAAGUUUAAAUGCUCCUGUGACUCGUCUUAAAGCACAUAUUCCUGCAGCCUCAUUGACCUGGAGCAGCAGGACAAUCAAAGUGCUCCUCAAAGAACCAGCAUAUCAUAUGCCACGGAGCUGUUGAGGCCAGGCCUCGCAGUCUCAGGCUGCAGUUGGUGUCUGUCCUGCAUGGAGCCAGAACCACCCUGACCUCUGAGCCUCUGCCCAGCCCUGCAUGCCGCAUCCCUCGCUGCAUUGGUGUAGAGCUUGGCCAGUACGAAGUCGUUGCUCUUGUCUUAUCUUCUCUUGCAGAGUCUCCCUCCCUUUCUAGAAUGUCUACCAAAGAGAGCCUUCCUCCCUCUCAGCCUCUCUUUAGCUAGCCUCCCUCUCUCAUUGCAAGGCAUGUCUGUGACCUUUGGUGAUCAUUUACAGUGCCACGUGGAACCCUGUAUUUUGCACACAGCAAACAAUGUUUAGCUUUAUUUAUGGUAUUUGAUGCUGUAAAUGAAAAUAAAUAUGGUUCUUUAUAAAGCU